GGAGUGCGGUAGGGCGUUCGGAGAAUCCAAGCAGGGGAAGGAUGGAUUAACUGGGCAGGGCUGGCAGCCGGCGAUUGCAGAAGGCUCCGCGCUUGGGAGAAACCGCGCAGGACUGUCUCCCCCCGCCCCCCGUAGAGCUUCCUUCCUUCCCUCCCCAGGGGCGCUCGGGGGCGCUUAUCCCCCACACCACUUCCCUACCAAUUCCCGCCAUAGGAGACUGGCGCGCCAAGGAGCAGCAUCUGCUAGAGGGGGAGAGGGAGAGAUCCCGAAAGCUGUUGGGACCCUCUCCCCGUUAGAGAUCUUGCCCUGCAAACCUUGGGGAAAAGAGGAGAGGGGACUUGCUGCUCGCCAGAAAGGAUCUGCUGGGGAGCAGUCGAUUUCAACCGUCGGCAGCCAGAUCUUGAACGAUCCCCACAAGGCGGGCUGACUGGAUCCCCGCUGAAGGGGAGGCGGCUGAGAGGGCGACCUGCUCUGUGAAGACCACCCUCGGGAGCUCGGGUACAGGCAAGGGCGAGGAGCCCACCUGGGAGACUCCGAUUCCCCGUCCCCUGCAGAGGACCGACCCAUCCGCAAGUGUCGUCCCGAGAAAGUGGUCUCCCGUCAGUAGGAGUCGCUCAAGGCCCUCCCCCCCCUCCGCCCCGGGCCAAGAUGAAUUACCUCCGCCGGCGACUCUCGGACAGCAACUUCAUGGCCAACCUGCCCAACGGCUACAUGACUGAUCUGCAGCGCCCGCAGCCCCCGCCGCCGCCCCCCAGCGCUUCCUCGCCCUCCUCGGGCAGCCUCUCCCCGGCCGACAGGGCCCCGGCGGCCCCCAGCCCCGGCGGCGGUGGCGGCGGCGGUGGGGGAGGCGGCGGGGGCGGAGGAGGGGGCAGCGGCGGCGGCGGGGCCGGGGGCUUCUUCUCGUCCCUCUCCAACGCCGUGAAGCAGACCACCGCCGCCGCCGCCGCCACCUUCAGCGAGCAGGUCGGAGGGGUGGCCGGAUCCGGGGGGUCCUCGGCGCGCAACAAAGUCCUGCUGGUGGUGGACGAGCCCGGGACGGACUGGGCGAAAUAUUUCAAAGGGAAGAAACUUCAUGGGGAGAUGGACAUCAAAGUGGAACAGGCAGAGUUCUCUGACCUCAAUUUGGUGGCUCAUGCUAAUGGCAACUUCUCUGUUGACAUGGAGGUUAUACGCAAUGGGGUCAAGGCGGUCAGGAGCCUGAAACCUGACUUUGUGCUGAUCCGCCAGCACGCCUACAGCAUGGCACGUGGUGGAGACCAUCGGGGCAUUGUGAUUGGGCUGCAGUAUGCAGGCGUGCCCAGUGUCAACUCUCUGCACUCAGUGUACAACUUUUGUGACAAGCCAUGGGUGUUUGCCCAGAUGGUUCGUCUGCACCGCAAGCUUGGACCAGAAGACUUCCCACUCAUUGAUCAGACCUACUAUCCCAAUCACAAGGAGAUGCUCACAACUUCCAAGUACCCGGUGGUGGUGAAGAUGGGACAUGCUCACUCUGGAAUGGGCAAGGUGAAGGUGGAGAACCAGUAUGACUUCCAGGACAUCGCCAGUGUGGUGGCCCUCACCAAAACCUAUGCCACCUCGGAGCCUUUCAUCGACGCCAAAUAUGAUGUCCGUAUCCAGAAAAUUGGCAACAACUACAAGGCCUACAUGAGAACCUCUGUAUCGGGCAACUGGAAAACCAACACAGGCUCUGCCAUGUUGGAGCAAAUUGCCAUGUCAGACAGGUACAAGCUAUGGGUGGACACUUGUUCAGAAAUCUUUGGUGGUUUGGACAUCUGCGCUGUGGAAGCUCUGCAUGGCAAGGACGGGCGUGACCACAUCAUUGAGGUGGUGGGGUCUUCCAUGCCACUGAUUGGAGACCACCAGGAUGAAGAUAAGCACCUAAUUGUGGAGCUGGUUCUGACCCGCAUGGCCCAGGCCAUUCCUCGCACACCUGUGCCAUCACCUGUGCGCUCUGCCUCGGGACAGCACGCCCAGGCUCAGGCAGCUCAAACUGGACAGCGGCAAGCCCCCCCGGCCCAACAGAGACCCCCACCUCAGGGAGGUCCUCCGCAGCCGCCGCAAGGCUCCCAGCGCCCCCCUUCUCAACAGCGCCCCCCUCCACAAGGCCAGCAGCUGCCCGGCCUCUCCCCGCAGCCCGGUGGCACUCCUAUGGCUCAGCGUCUGCCCAGCCCCACCACCCAGCAGCCGCCUCCUCAGGCACAGCAGCGUCCUGUCGGGCAGCGCCAGCCCGGGCCAGGAGCGCAGCAGCCUCGCCAGCAGGGGCCGUCGUCUGCUCCACAGUCCCCACAGCCCCAGAGGGGGCCUAGCCCCAGCGGCGGGGGGCCACCGCAGUGGCAGCCAGGCUCCCCUCAGCAACAGCGAGCCGCCGGAGCAGGUCCCCCCAAACCGGCUUCCGGGGGCCCACCAGGGCAGCCGCCGCCGCCACAACAGCGUCCUCCAGCAGCGGGUCAGCCACGACAGCACCCACGCCAGGGCAGCCAGGGGGCCCCGCCUCAGCAGCGCCCUCCGGGAGCAGGAGCACAGCAGCAGCGCCCUGCCCCGCCCACCACCCAGCAGCCAAGGCCCAGCACUCAGGGGCAGGGGCCCGGAGGACCCGGGCAGCAAGGCAGCCGCCCUCCGCCGAGCCAAGGGAAACCACCAGUGGCCCAGAAACCAAGCCAAGACCUGCCUCCACCGCAGCCCCAACUGAACAAAUCCCAAUCUCUGACCAAUACCUUCCCCCUUGCAGAGGCGCCGGCGCCACGGGGUAGCCUUAGUCAGGACGAAGUGCGUGCCGAGAGCAUCCGCAGCCUCCGACAGAGCUUCGCCAGCCUCUUCUCCGACUGAGCGACUCCCCCCUCGCCCUCCAUGCUGGGACCCCCAACAUCCUCUUCCCAACCCAGCACUCUCUCCUUCCCCCUCCAUACUACUGUGGCUCAUCCCUGCUUCUAUCAUCGAGCCACAGGAUGGCACCCUCCCUCCCCCCAAAAAAAACAGGGGAGCUCCUUACCGCCCCCUGUGGCAGUCUGGGGUGGGGCAAACCACUAGACCCUUUAGCCUCCAUUUUGAAAGUGUUGCACCUUGCUGGGGGGGGGGGCACCGGGGCUAAACAAAGGGGGCAGAUGCCAUGUCUUUCUUGUACCCAGAAAUAAUUCUGUUUGCCUCUGAAUGUGAAGAUGUUUGACCCCCAAGCUUUAUACAGGACUGGUGUCUAAACAUCCAAAACAGUUCUCAGCCCUGGCCCAGUUGCAUUCCUUGUGUGAAGGGAGAAUCCUGCAGAGGAAUCCCACUCUUUUUGAACCUCAUCCCAUAGAGGCCCACACGCUCUGCCCCCAAACACCACCUACUAUUCUCUAGGGUUCCCAAAAUCAACUGUCCCGAUACUCCUACAUUCCCUCUCGAAGAGAACUCUAGACUCCUGCCCCCAAACCGACAGAAAACCUCUCCCCGUUUUACCUGACUCCUACCCUAGAAUCUGAGGCUGCAGAUUCCUCGAGUCCACGCCUCUUCUACACGAAUAUGCAAAAUUUGUGCCCGGCUCACUUCUCCCUGCCCUGAUGCUGGUGGGGAAGGGGUCCCCAGGGCUGGGCAAAGGGAGGGGGAGGAGGGGUCUCUGGGGAUCUCUGUACAUAGCACGAGGGAGGGGACCCCUCCCAGGGCCAUGUCUGUGUUUGUGGCCACAAAGGUGUCUGUGUCGCUGUUAGUGAAUAAGCCAAUCACCACCCACCUGCCUAGCAACCACCGAUUUCCCUCUUAGUAGUAGUCCACUCCUAACAAUCGUCUCCUUGGCUACAGGCUCUUCCUCUUCCGCCAUCACCUUAGCAAUCAGUAAUGCCCUCUCCAUGUCCCACUUCCUGGCAACAGUAAGCCUUAAUGCCAGCACACAAACAUUCCCCGUCCUGCCUCAUACCACUUCUUCACUCGCAACUUGCUAGAAGCUUCUCAGAAAGUUCGUCCCCGUAUGACUACGGCCUGUUUUAGCAAAACCUUAGUGCCAAGAUGGUGGCAAAGCACAGGACAGGGCAAAUUGCCCUCUCUUCCACCCUGAGCUUGAUCGUAUUCUGUCUUCAUAAUGGCGUACUGCCAUUUAGAAGGUGGCCCAUCCCAUAGGCCAACCAUGAAAGUGCUCUGGAUCUGUGAAGGAGAAUGAGAUAGCUUUUGACGACUUAGACUGAACCCCUUUCUCCACUCGGCCAGCUGAAAUCCAGCCAUUGUGGAUCCAGCCUUCUGAGACAACAGCCAUAGAACUGCCACUGUAGCCAAGGGAUGCUUCCGCCAUCUUGGUCGGUGGGUGAAUAAUCAAACUGAGCACCCAUGGACUAUGGGGGAAGGGGGCAUGUUCCAAUCCACGAAUGUUUGUCCCCCCUCCCGCUUCCCCUUGUAUAUAUACACCACUCAAGAGAGAAACCUCCCACUAUAUUUUUGUGAGUUUCCCUUACCCCUAAAGCUGUGUUGCCUACUUCUUCCCCGCCCUCUUUGAGAAAACCAGGGCCGGGGGGGAAAGCCACUCAACGCGUGAUGGUAUGGUAGCUGCAAAGUCGCGUGUCGUAGUCGUGUCGUGACAUGACGCUUUGAGCUGUGUUUGUAAUAUAUCAUCGGGGUUGAGGAGGAGGAGGAGACGGCGGAGCUUAGUCCGUGGAGAAUACAUCCUCUCCUCCUUCUCUAACCUCUUCUCCCCAGCCAGAUAUUCCUUCCCUUGAAAGGGAUCUGGGGAGAGUAAUUUCAAGUGCUAACUUGGUAUCUUUGUUAUCUAUUCCUGUCUGGGAAGUGCUCCCCCACAACCCAUCUCAUGGGGGUCAAAAGCCUUUCCUUUUGCUGUGAUAACUGUCUAUGUGUGGAUCAAAGUUUCAAUGGGUCAGUGAUGUAAAAGAUAAAAAUAAAUAUAUAUAAAUAUAUAUAUUAAAAAAAAA